AUGGACUACUCCUACCUCAACUCCUACGACUCCUGCGUGGCCGCCAUGGAGGCGUCCGCCUACGACUUCAGCUCCUGCAGCCAGGCCAACACCUUCCAGUACAGCCCCAUGCGCGGCGGCUUCGCGGCCGGCCCGGCCUGCCCGCCGCUCGCCACCGCCAACUGCGCCCUGGGCGCCCUGCGCGACCACCAGCCCUCGCCCUACUCGGCAGUGCCCUACAAAUUCUUCUCGGACCCGUCGGGCAUCAACGAGAAGCGGAAGCAGCGGCGGAUCCGCACCACGUUCACCAGCUCCCAGCUGAAGGAGCUGGAGAGGGUCUUCGCCGAGACGCACUACCCUGACAUCUACACCCGGGAGGAGCUGGCCCUCAAAAUCGACCUCACCGAGGCCCGGGUGCAGCCCGGCCGCGCGGCGGGGGGCACGAGCGCCGGCCCGGCUCGCCGCCUCACCCGCCGUCCCCGUCCCCGUCCCCCCCACCCCGGCACGCUCCAGGUCUGGUUCCAGAACCGGCGCGCCAAGUUUCGCAAGCAGGAGCGUGCUGCUAACGCCAAGGGCGCCGGCGGCACCGGCGGCGGCACCGGCACCGGCGGCGGCAAGAAGCCCGACCCGCGCUCCUCGUCGGAGGACGACGAGUCCAAGGAGUCGAACUGCAGCCCGACGCCGGACAGCACGGCCUCGCUGCCCGCCGCGGGCAGCCUGCACAGCCCCGGCGGCAGCCUGAGCCCCAGCCCCGGCGCGGCGCAGGCGCAGGCGCUGGCGCCCAGCCACCCGGCGCAGCCCCUCAAGGCGCCCGUCUGGCCCGGCGUGAGCGCCGGCAGCGGCGCCGCCGGCACCGCCGACCUCCUCAAGGCGUGGCAGCCGGCCGACGCCGUGCCCGGACCCUUCUCCGGCGUCCUCUCCUCCUUCCACAGGAAGCCCAGCGCCCUCAAGAGCAACCUCUUCUGA